AUGGCGGGCAUCAACUCGACAAGUCCACCACCUCCAUUCCAAGUCCAACCACCCCCUAGUGCAUUCUGCGAUAGUAGUAGCAAACUACUACCCUUUGUGUAUAACCUCACCAUCUUCUAUGCUGAGGCCAACCUUCGGGGGGACGAGGCCCCCCUGGUGGCCACAUCCGUGGUCAUGUUCGUCCUCGCCGUGCUCUUCUUCAUCCUCAACGUCUUCAGCCGUUCAUCCGAUGUUAGCACCAUCCUCAACCCAACUGUCCGCCUCAUCCUCUCCACCUCGCUCUCUCUCUUCCUCCCCGCCACGUCAUACCUCUUCUCGGAGGCCAAGAACGCGGUCGGCCAGACGGCGGACCUGUCGGUUCGAGCCCGGACGAUCCUCAUGUGGAUGUUCCUCGUGGAGCUCCUCCGCAAGAAGGUGGAGGCGAUCCUGGUCACCGCAGGCAUGCAUGGCUAUUCGGACACAAUCCACAGCGCCAGCCGGGUCGUCUGGCUAGGCAGCCUCGUCUUCUUCAACCUAAGAAGCGCCGGCAAGAAGGCAUUGUAUGGAACCCUGUGGGUUCUUGCAGCCGCCAAGUUGGUCCAGAGGUUCGUCACCGUAGAGCUGGGGAAGCGCUCAUUCGCCUAUGGCAGGAACCCCCAGCUUCUCGCUUCGUACAUGACCCAAAUGCUGAAGCUACAAGGUCAAGACAACCAUGGACCGGCUGGGUCGGAUGUUUUGAAGCGGUGCAACUACGCCGUGAUUGGCGAAGAGGAGCUGAAGAAGGAGGCCGGCCCGAAGGGUUACAAGCUCGACGAGCUGGAGAAGGCAAUAUUAGAUACCGACUCCAGUUCCAGUGUCAUCACGGUUGGCAAAAUCUGGGCUUUCGCUGAGAAAGACCCGAUGCUCCGUAGUGACCCGAAGCUGAAGCGGCUAUGCCUCUCCUUCGCCCUCUUCAAGCUGCUCCGCCGGAGGCUAGAGGAGUUCCCCAUCACUGACGCGGAAGCCUCCAACUGCCGCGACCUCGUCUUCAAAGGUCUGUGGCAAGAGGGCAUGGUUGGGGAGGAUGCCAUCCAAGUGUUCAGCGACGAACUCCAGUUCCUCUGCGAGUACUACCACUCCGUUCUUCCGGUGGUGUUUGCCAGCCCCUUCUUCUUCGUGCACAACUACAUCCUGUUCCCCAUCAUUGUAUGGGCAUUCUGCAUCCUCAUGCUCAUCUCGUGUAGCAACGGCGAUGUGGCCUACGCCUUGGACAGCUUCAGGACCGACAACUACGUCAUGUCUGGCGGCAUGCUGAGGAUGGCCAGGUGCGUCCUUGGCAAGGUGUGGGAGUCCCUAUCGACCCCUUUCGUCUUCUGCGGUGUCGACAUAUCCAUCACCAUCCUGCUCAUCCUCGCCUUCGCCUACGAGGAGGUCUGGGAGUUCAUCGUGUUCCUGCUCUCCAACUGGUUCAUGGUGUCGCUGCUCUGCAGCCACACCUCCACGCCGGAGUGGCGCACGCACCCGCUUCUGAGAAGGAUCAUCCCGUCCAUCGUCUCGGUGAGGAACACCAUGAACCAACCUAAGGUCUGCUUCAAGCAGUUUUCUGUGCUACGGUUCAGCCGGCUGUCGUUGCCGCUGCCCACCAGGGAGGUUCCCGAAGAAGCCAAGACGUUAAUCAUGGAGCGUCUGGCUAGGGUCAGCCGCGACGCUCCUCUCAGCAACGGCAUGUCUGUUCUGCGAUCAGCCGAGCACCGUCUGUCGAUACAGUCACAUGAGCUGUCGUGGGCGUGCAAGAGCGACAGCAUCGCUGAGGUGAUUCUCACGUGGCACAUCGCCACGGCGCUGCUGGACGCGACGUGCCGGCGGCAGAGGGGCACGCGGCCUGAGGAUGGACGCGACGUGCCGGCGGCAGAGGGGCACGCGGCCUGA